AUGGACGGUCGCGUAGUACGAGGCGUCCAACGCGCCGCACUCGAGCAAUGGUCUGAAUUCAUAGCCAAGAGUCUUGCCCACCGCAUAGAUCCCGAGAAGUUCGAGUCCUAUGUUCCCUUUCUCCAAGCGAAGCAUCCAUUGCCACCCGUUGCCGUUGCCGAUCUCUUCCUACGACCGCAACCUCACAACCACGAGAGCCUCGACCCCCGAAUCCCACGCUAUCUCCAGGUCCUCUUUGGCCUUAAGUAUAUCGACACGCCUUCUAUACUCAAAGCUUUGUACAAAUAUUCAACCUCUCGCGGACAUUCCCGAGAAGCGGCACAGCUGCCCGAUGUCGAGAACGCAACGAUAAAGUUCCCGCGGUGGGGGAGCUCGUAUGCGGCCGAGGAGGUUAUGUUCUAUAGGCUCACCAAAUCUGUGGCGCAAGGGACCGCAAUACAGAACACAGGGACAGACCUUGAGAUUGCCAACGUCAUGGCCAAGUGGAUUGCGCUAUUCACAGACGCCGCCACAGCCUUCACGGUUGACGUUAUGGGGCAGCUUCACAACAGCCAGGUGAGAGAAGAGAUGGAAUCGGCGCGUGCCGCGUUCGUGGCUUUGCUUCUCGGGGUGUGCGAAAACCAGGUCGUUCUCAAGGCUUUGAGUAAACCUGAAGCCCAAGAAAUCAGAAAGGCAUUAUCCGAAAGCCUCGCAAACUUCGUCCCGACUAUCAUGCAAAGUGCUGGCCCUAUCGCGACUCGCCUCGAUAUGUUCCGAACGAGUACGCUAGCAGGCUUUGAGCCUGUCGACGAGCAGAAGAACAAGUCGAAUGCCGAGAUCGAGGACCUGUUUGAUUCUACGGUAGCGCUCGAGAACUUUGUCGUUUCCGAACUACCAAUUGUCAACUCCAGAGCUGGUCUUUACAUAUAUCUCAAUGCUGCACUAGUUGGCCGGCCAUUAAUCGAUGAUCUGGCCAUCUUCAACUACUUGAACAAUAGGUACCAGGGCGAUGUACAAUCAACAACCGUUGAUCUCAUCCUUGUCUCCUUUGACGUACUAGCCAAUGCCGCCUCCCGCAAUGAAGGCAAUCAAGCUGCGCAUCUCUUGCGCUCGUUCCUAAUGAACAAACUGCCUAUUCUGAUUGAAAGUCUGAGCAAGCAUAUGUAUGGCCCAGUAAAUGCAGAAUACUGCAUCACAGAAGCUCUCAGUCGCGUCGACACUACCACAUUCCCCACUCUGUCAUCAAUGUUCGAUGAAACCAGAAGCGGCAACCCCUUUACAGAUUCGGUUCGAGAAGACUUUUGCUGGGCUUGCUGUCUUCAUGGCCUGGUGCGCGAAAGCAGCAUUGAGACUCUUUUGGGAGAAACACCCUAUCAGUCCCUCCCAGCAGGCGGAAGAUACGUCAAAGAAAACCUCGUUGCAGAAUGCCUUGCAGAUCCGGAGAGAAUGCAGGCCCUGAUCGGUGAGCUAGACAGUAAAGAUGGAAACGCCGGCGCCGUGUGCCAAGCUUUGACAGAGGUCGGUUCUCGGUGCUCACAAACGCCGUCUGAUGCUGACCUUUUCCAGGUUCUGGGGCAGCUUUGUAGGAAUAAGGAGACCAUGUCCCUGAAACUCUUGUGUGGCCAAUUGGCUCAGAAGCCAUUGUCUCUGGAUGUCAUGUUGAUGUUCGAGAAGCCUGCAACGAUUCUUCACCCUCUAUGCGAUCUUCUGGACAAUUGGAAGUACGACGAGGACCAGGGGGAGUACCAGCCUGUGUACGAGGAGUUUGGCUCAAUUCUACUCCUCGUCAUGGCUUUCGCAUAUCGUUACAGCCUUUCGGCAUCAGAUAUGGGCAUCAUAUCGUCUGACUCGUUUGUGGGAAGACUGCUGGGCCACGGCCACCAAAGCCGGCCCUUGGAAGAGCUAUCAGACCAAGAAAAGGGCCAUUUGAAUGGGUGGAUCCACGGCCUUUUUGACUCGGAAGCCGGAGGAUUGGGCGAUGAGCUGAUGUCGUCCUGUCCACCCCAAGACUUCUACUUACUAGUGUCAACUCUCUUUCAUAAUAUCGUUCUGGCGUUCAGCACAGGACACCUGACCGAAGAGAGUCUCCGAGGAGGCAUUGAAUACCUUGUCGAUACGUUUCUUCUGCCAUCCCUCGUGGUGGCAAUCACCUACCUUGCCAAUUCAUUAUGGGUUGAGCGUUCUGACUGCCAAAAGGCGGUUGUCAGAGUACUAAACUCUGUUUUAGCGCCUACUUCUAUAUCCAACGAGGCGCAAGCCAUGCUCUCUUCUGUGAUGAAUAUAGUUGCCAAGCCGCUGGAACAUUCUCUCAGGGCAUAUCAACGAUCGGAUCCCAAGAGCCAAGAGGUUGAACCACUCUUGAAAGCAAUCAAAGACAGUAUUCCACUAUCCAGGAGAACAGGGGCUGCCGACCACACCGAACUCGAUGCUUGGUCAAUGGGAGGCUUCUCUAAUUCUAUCCGGCAGACGCUACAGCAAUUGGUGCAGUGGAGCAUUCACCCGACAAUGGAUAGGAUGCCUCCCGCGUAUACCCAUCGACAGAUGCUGGUGGCAAUGAAACUUCUUGGUGCGAAACGUCUGCUUCAGCUCCUCUACGAAGAUGUCAGACAACAAACAGAAACGGGCAGCGGGAGCAUCAUCUACGAUGUGGCGACAGCAUUGGUUUGCGCGCCCGACGUUGUGAACAUGCCAUCAGGUCCGAUCAACUUUAUCGACAAUUCGGGCAAUGUGCCGGCACCCGUUCAGAGAAAGCUUACUCUACGAGAGGUUCUGAAGUCAGAUGCCGAGGAAUGUAAAAAACUACAGAAGGUCGACAUGAACAUGGCCGAAAUUGUUGUCAGACUGUACCGCAAGGUAGAGACUCAGAUGGCCGUAUCCCAGGCCGAGGUCAUACAAGCAGACACCAUGCUACAAAACGAUCUUGGCUUGAGCCUAGAUGCGGGUGCAGGCUCACUCGAUGAUGCCAUGGCGGCCGCGGCUGCCAAUGUUGCGCAAGGCGACGGAAUGUCUGUAGAUAACGUCAGUCUUGAUCUAGGCCUCGGUGGUGUUGGUGGUGAUCUGGGCCUUGGGGGCUCAUCGAAUAACGGUGGAGGGUCACUGGAUCUGGGGGCCGACGAUCUCUUCAGUGGCCUCGUGGCUGGCGAUGACUUUCAGUGGGACAACAUGGACCUUUCUUAG